AUGUCUGCACAGAGUUCCCCAGUACAUCAAAGCACCCUGAGUCAAAGGAGGCGGGAGCGCACUUUCUUCACGGAUAAGCAGCUGCAGGAACUUCAGAGGUAUUUUAAGAAAAACUUGUACCCAAGUGCCUGGGAGCAGGAAGUCCUGGCCCAGCAAAUGAACCUCAAGAAGGACAUCGUGAGGGUUUGGUUUAAGAAUCAGCGGGCCAAACUCUCUAGAUUAAAGAGCAAACCCUCAAGAAUACCUCAGAAGACGGAGGUAUUCCAGCCUAUCAAGACAGUCUUGGCCUCUCCACAUGGGGUCCACCAGUUACCAGUUGUUCCUGCACCCUACAAACCCAACACCAAGUCCUCAGCUCCUGCCCCUUCCCAAAGUGCUCAGAGGGCCACCAUGGCUGCCCCAGCCCCCACCUACACUUGUCACACCAAGACCCUGAGGAAGCGCACGGUCUUCACAGAGGGGCAGCUACAAGAACUCAAGAGGUACUUUGAGCAGAACCAGUAUCCAGGUUAUGGGGAGCUUGUGGCCUUGGCACAGAGACUGCAACUAGAGGAGGAUCGAAUCUCUGUGUGGUUCUCCAACCAAAGAGCCCGGACAAAGGAUAAGUUCAUAAGGGACCCUCAGGGGAUCCAGGACCCCUGUUCCAUUGCUCCAGCUCUGUCUCCCACCACAGGAGGCGCCAAGUGCCAGGCUGACGCUGAACUCUGUAGCAUUGGAAUCCAGACUUCUGAUGAGCCCAAGGUUUUAAUGGACAAAGCUCCUGCCCCCAGUUCUGAAGCUGCAGACCCUGACCCUUCACUCCUGACGCAGCAGGCCCCGCCAGACCAAAGAAGCCCUAGCCACACAGUCCCAGCGCCACAACCCCCGACUCUGCUCCAGGAGGGCCCAAGAACUCAGGAGACCUUGCUGUCCAAGCCCCCGCCUACACAGAAGACCCCUCAGACUUCAGCUUCCCCUGGGAGAGACUACCCCACUUGUAGAACAUCACAGGUCUUGAACGUUUUGAAAUCAGGGAGUUUUCUCUGUCUAAUGUGGGUCACCCCACUAGCUGAAACACCAGAACAAAUGCAGACCACCUGACCCCAGAUGCCCUCAGUCUCUGCUUCCCUGGAACCCCUGCCCCAGGGGCCCCCAGCCUCCCUCUGCUCAGCCCCACUGGAAGCUUCUCAGCACACGGCCAGACCUGAGGGGACUCUUCUUCGCAGGAU